AUGUCUCUGCCUUUUUAUCAGAAACUUCACGAGCACUAUGAUCGCAGCUACCACAACAAAAACCUUCGCACCACCAUGAGCCAGUACCAGCAGGAGAAGAAAAGCUCGGCCAUCUACACCCACGGCUCCACUGCCUACAGCAGCCGCUCCUCCGCUGCCCACCGCCAGAAGUCCGAGGCCUUCAGCCAGGCAUCCACCACGUCCUACCAGCAGCAGGCUUCCCGGGCCUCCGAGUUUGCCCUCUCAUCUGCAGUCAGUCAGAAGGCUGCCUCAGCCUACGACUAUGGCUACUCCCACGGACUUACAGAUUCCAGUCUGAUGUUAGAAGAUUAUUCAUCCAAGUUGAGCCCCCAAACAAAGAGAGCCAAGAAAAGCCUUCUCUCUGGAGAGAAGAAAGAAAAUCUGCCAAGUGACUACAUGGUGCCCAUUUUCUCAGGACGCCAAGUGCAUGUCAGUGGAAUUACAGACACGGAAGAAGAAAGAAUUAAAGAAGCUGCUGCUUACAUAGCCCAGAGGAAUCUCCUUGCUAGAGAGGAAGGAGUCACGGCAGCCAAGCAGUCCACAGUAUCCAAACAGUCCACGUCCAUGCUUCGCCAGGAGGAAGGUUUUGAGAAGUCGAGGAAAGUUGCAAUUCGAGAAAAGGCAGAACACCUGUCACUGAAAAAAACGUUAGAAGAAACUGAGGCAUAUCAUAAAAAGUUGAAUGAAGAUAGUCUUCUCCAUGCUCCUGAAUUUGUCAUUAAACCUCGUUCCCACACUGUUUGGGAGAAAGAAAAUGUAAAAUUACACUGCUCUGUAGCCGGCUGGCCAGAACCUCGGCUCACAUGGUAUAAAAACCAGGUGCCAAUAGAUGUUCAUGCAAACCCUGGAAAGUAUAUUAUCGAAAGCCGAUAUGGAAUGCACACUCUGGAGAUAAACGCAUGUGAUUUUGAAGACACCGCUCAGUACCGGGCCUCGGUGAUGAAUGUUAAAGGAGAGCUUUCAGCAUAUGCUUCGGUUGUGGUAAAGAGAUAUAAGGGAGAGUUUGAUGAGACUCGCUUCCAUGCGGGGGCCUCCACCUUGCCCCUCAGCUUUGCUGUGACCCCUUACGGUUAUGCGUCCAAGUUUGAGAUCCACUUUGAUGACAAGUUUGAUGUGUCUUUCGGGAGAGAAGGCGAGACGAUGAGUCUAGGCUGCCGUGUAGUUAUCACUCCUGAAAUUAAACAUUUCCAACCAGAGAUCCAGUGGUACCGAAAUGGGGCUCCUGUUUCUCCAUCAAAAUGGGUGCAAACACACUGGAGUGGAGAUCGGGCAACACUAACAUUUUCUCAUCUCAACAAGGAAGAUGAAGGUCUCUACACAAUCCAUGUACAAAUGGGAGAAUAUUAUGAAAAAUACAGUGCUUACGUCUUUGUUCGAGAUGCUGAUGCAGAGAUUGAAGGAGCCCCAGCCUCUCCCUUGGAUGUGGUGUCCUUGGAUGCCAACAAAGAUUAUAUCAUCAUCUCUUGGAAACAGCCGGCUGUGGAUGGAGGCAGUCCUAUUCUGGGAUAUUUUAUUGAUAAGUGUGAGGUGGGCACAGACAGCUGGUCUCAGUGCAAUGACACACCUGUGAAGUUUGCUCGUUUCCCAGUCACUGGAUUGAUAGAAGGUCGUUCUUACAUAUUCCGAGUUCGAGCUGUGAACAAAACUGGAAUAGGUCUCCCCUCUCGUGUUUCCGAGCCUGUGGCUGCUCUGGAUCCAGCUGAGAAAGCUAGACUUAAAAGUCGCCCUUCAGCACCCUGGACUGGACAGAUCAUUGUCACUGAGGAGGAACCGACAGAGGGUAUUGUUCCCGGGCCCCCCACAGACCUCUCUGUCAUCGAGGCCACACAGAGCUACGUGGUGCUGAGCUGGAAGCCCCCCCGUCAGCGUGGCCAUGAGGGCAUCCUCUACUUUGUAGAAAAGUGUGAUGCAGGAACAGAAAACUGGCAGCAGGUGAACAUGGAGCUCCCUGUGAAGUCUCCCCGCUUUGCUCUGUUUGACUUGAGUGAGGGGAAAUCCUACCGGUUCCGAGUCCGCUGUUCCAAUUCAGUGGGAGUUGGUGAGCCCUCUGAGGCAACGGAAGUGACCAUGGUCGAGGACAAACUUGACAUCCCCAAGCCUCCGAGCAAUAUCAUCCCAAGCAGAAAUACAGACACAUCAGUUGUCGUUACAUGGGAGGAAUCCAAAGAUGCUAAGGAGCUGGUCGGGUACUAUAUAGAGUCAAGUAUUGUUGGCUCUGGCAAGUGGGAGCCCUGCAACAACAACCCCGUGAAGGGCACGAGGUUUACUUGUCAUGGAUUGACUACCGGUCAGAGUCAUAUUUUCCGGGUCAGAGCAGUUAACGCAGCUGGACUUAGUGAAUAUUCACAAGAUUCAGAAGCAAUCGAAGUAAAAGCUGCUAUUGCGGCACCAUCUCCACCCUAUGAUAUCACUUGUCUUGAAAGUUUUCGUGACUCAAUGGUUCUUGGAUGGAAGCAACCAGAUAAGACUGGAGGGGCUGAAAUUACGGGCUAUUAUGUGAACUAUCGAGAAGUAAUUGACGGGGUACCAGGAAGAUGGAGAGAAGCCAACAUCAAAGCUGUCAGUGAUGAGGCAUAUAAGAUUAGCAACUUGAAGGAGAACACGGUAUAUCAGUUCCAAGUGGCAGCCAUGAACAUUGCUGGCUUGGGAGCACCCUCGGCAGUAAGUGCAAGCUUCAAAUGUGAAGAGUGGACCAUUGCUGUUCCAGGACCACCGCACAGUCUCAAGUAUAGUGAAGUCAGAAAAACCUCCCUGGUUCUGCAGUGGAAGCCUCCGAUCCACUCGGGACGGACUCCGGUCACUGGCUACUUUGUCGACAUGAAGGAGGCCAGUGCCAAAGAGGACCAGUGGCGAGGACUCAAUGAGGCGGCUCUGAAAAACACAUACCUGAAGGUGCAAGGCCUCAAAGAGGGUGUCAGCUAUGUGUUCCGAGUCCGAGCUGUAAACCAGGCAGGUGUCGGGAAGCCGUCUGACCUUGCUGGGCCUGUUGUGGCAGAAACCCGUCCAGGAACCAAAGAAGUUGUUGUAAAUGUGGAUGAUGAUGGAGUCAUUUCCUUGAACUUCGAAUGUGAUCAGAUGGCUCCAAAUUCUGAGUUCACCUGGUCCAAAGAUUAUGUCCCCACGGAGGAGUCUCCACGAUUAGAGGUUGAAAGCAAAGGCAACAAGACGAAAAUGACCUUCAAAGACCUCGGGAUGGAAGACUUGGGCAUCUACUCCUGCGAUGUAACAGACACUGAUGGAAUAGCGUCAAGCUACUUGAUAGAUGAGGAAGAAUUGAAACGUUUACUUGCUCUCAGCCAAGAACACAAGUUUCCAACUGUCCCAGUUAAAGCAGAGUUGGCAGUUGAAAUUUUGGAGAAAGGCCAGGUCCGGUUUUGGAUGCAGGCUGAGAAGCUGUCUGGCAACGCCAAAGUCAACUACAUAUUUAACGACAAGGAAAUUUUUGAAGGGCCGAAAUAUAAGAUGCAUAUUGACCGAAACACUGGUAUAAUUGAGAUGUUUAUGGAAAAGCUGCAGGAUGAGGAUGAGGGCACAUAUACUUUCCAGGUUCAAGAUGGAAGAGCAACUGGCCAUUCUACUCUUGUUCUCAUUGGAGAUGUUUAUAAAAAGCUCCAGAAAGAAGCUGAAUUCCAGCGUCAAGAAUGUAUCAGGAAACAAGGUCCACAUUUCGCUGAGUAUUUGAGCUGGGAAGUGACUGGUGAAUGUAAUGUACUGUUGAAAUGCAAGGUGGCAAAUAUUAAGAAGGAGACUCAUAUUGUGUGGUAUAAAGAUGAAAGGGAGAUAUCAGUGGAUGAAAAGCAUGACUUUAGGGACGGUAUAUGUACCCUCCUUAUAACAGAGUUUUCAAAGAAAGAUGCUGGGAUUUAUGAAGUUAUCCUGAAAGACGACAGGGGAAAAGAUAAGAGCAGAUUGAAGCUUGUGGAUGAAGCCUUUAAAGAACUGAUGGCUGAAGUAUGUAAAACAAUAGCUUUGUCUGCAACAGACCUGAAGAUCCAGAGCACAGUUGAGGGCAUCCGGCUGUACUCUUUUGUUACUUACUACGUGGAUGAUCUCAAAGUUAACUGGUCCCACAACGGGACUGCUAUUAAGUACACAGACAGAGUUAAGAGUGGGGUCACCGGGGAGCAGAUCUGGCUGCAGAUCAACGAGCCCACUCCGAAUGACAAAGGGAAAUACGUGAUGGAGCUCUUUGAUGGCAAAACUGGACACCAGAAGACAGUGGAUCUUUCUGGACAAGCAUACGACGAAGCCUUUGAUGAAUUCCAGAGAUUAAAACAAGCUGCCGUCGUGGAGAAAAAUCGCGCCCGGGUAGUGGGAGGUCUCCCCGAUGUGGUCACCAUCCAGGAGGGCAAGGCGCUUAACCUCACCUGCAUAGUGUGGGGAGACCCGACUCCGGAGGUCUCCUGGCUGAAGAACGAGAAGCUCUUGGCCUCGGACGAGCACUGCAGCCUCAGGUUCGAGGCCGGCAAGACCGCCUACUUCACCAUCAGUGGGGUCAGAACGUCCGACUCGGGCAAGUACGGGCUGGCCGUGAAGAACAAGUACGGCUCGGAGACCAGCGACUUCACCGUCAGCGUGUUCAUCCCGGAGGAGGAGGCGAGGAAGGCCGCCGAGGAGCGCCCGAAGGGCACCAAGAAGGCCAAGUGA